UGGUGAAAGAAACGGACUGCAGUGCGGAAGGUCCAGAGAUCGAUCCCCGCCGGAUCCGGAAAUUUUGUAAAAUUUUUUUUCGAUUCAAAUUUUUUUCAAAUUGAUUAUUGAACGAUCAUGUGAAUUUAUUUUAUUUUUUCCUUCUUUUUCGUCACGAAUACUGUUUUUUUGGAUAGUGUGCGCAUUAGGCGAGGCGAAGCCGAGCCGUUUAAAAUUUAUAUUUCACUCGAUGAGCAUUACUCCCCUUGGUGAGUUCAGACGGAGGCUGGACAUUUACCGUGUAUGUAGCACUUGCGGUUGUUUAUAAAAAAACUGUACUCACCGAGGCCGAAGGCCGAGGGAAGUUAACAGACAUAGUAUGAACAACAAAGCGACCCGCGCAACCGAGGCGAAGCCGAGGUGAGCGGACACAACGCCCCCCAACACUGAAAACAGCUAUUUUACCAAAAUACAAAAAUUGCAAUGAAAAAAAUUUUAAAUCGAAAUAAAAUACGCGAAAGGAUGCUCGUAAAGCAAAGCAGUGCCGUAAUGUGGUUACACUGUUUUUCGCGUGCAACUUUCGUACUAGCACUCCGGCUUAUCUGUUAUCUCUUCCAUAGUUCCAUCAUCCAUGACUCGCUUCAGACCGACAGCGCUAACAGCGCGACAGCCGUCUAACCGGUGUUCCAAGUUACACUCCGUAUCCGUACCUGAACCCAAUACGAACGGAAACGCAAACGAUUCAUUACCCAUUUGGAACCCGUAACCGAAUCGUUCGGCGGCAGCUGGCACUGGCAGUCGCCGCGCCGAUAAGUAGCCGAUUCAUCUCGACUCUAGUCUAACUAGUUCCUUAGUCUAACGAGUCUCACUCUCAUAGUCAGUCUCAAUCUCAAACCAGUCAAACCCAGCCCCAGUAGCCCAGUAGCCCAAUACCAAACUACGAGUAAACCAAACUAAAUCAAACCAAAAAGGCAAAAACGGCAAAAUGCCAAAAACCUCAGUCAAAGCAGAAGCACCGAAACGAAACAUAAUUAAUUAUAAACACGUGACGUAUCUUUUGGCAAUGCAAGACGCAAGAGCCGUGGCAAAAACGCAAAAUAUCGGGUUCGGGUAUAGGGUAGGCCUAUACGUUCAGGUUCAGGUUCAGGAUUUUUAUGUGUAUGUAUAUGUAGAUACUGUACUAGUAGUUAUUAUACGAGUAUUAGGUACCUAUAUGAUUACAUUACGAAUAUACAUAAUUAUGUAAUUGAAAAGUUUGAUGGAAUAAGGGCCCUGGGCCUUUUUUAAUUUUUUCCAAUUAUCGGCUAAACUUGGUACUUUAGUUCAUUCAUAAAUAUAAAUGUGUAAUCAUAAUGACACACCGGUGAAGUGGUGAACUACCAGCAAGUAGCUACCAGCACCAGAACCAGUACCGCGAAGCUAUUAGCUAGCAAGCACAUGCCACAAGCUAACCAGCGUGCGAGUUGCGAGACGAAUGAGCGAAAGCGAUGGCAACUGCAAAACUUGUACAUUCUACAUCUGCGCAACUACAUAUUUUCAUUACUGCCACUAUGUAGUGUAGAUACAUGUUACCAACCUAACACUGUGCGUAGAGAUGAUCCCAGCACUAGGACUUGCCAUUGGCCACCACACACACACACACCCCUCCCUCCAACGAAACUGAACCAUCGAAAUUUGGAUGUAAUCGAAUGGAAUUUUUCGGACAUAACUUACAAUAGUUGGUGGCUUUUCGGCGCGGCGACGGGCGACGGGCGAAUCCAUUUCAUAUUUUCAGGUCGCUGACACUGAGCACGAAAACGGAAAAUGACGUUCAUUUUGAAAAACUAAAAGCGUCCAGCAAGCAGCAACAGCAACGCGGACACCAGAUUUAGGAUUUGACGACUCGCAAAGUUACAAUUAGAUAGUCGAAAAUCGCCCUCAAACAUGUACGUAAAUAAUACGUACGCGUACCUACUCGUAAAUUACUUCGGACACGACGGUCGCGGUCGGACCGCUACACAGAGUUAAUAAAAUUGCCUAACCAGUUUGCCGUAAAUACGAAGCGGCGCAUUUUUCAGUAAAAAAUCAACUAGCCAUCGAAAUUCGGGUCGAGUCUGGUCCAAUCGCAUGGAAUUUUCGGGCAUACGAGCUUUUCGGGAUAGCGAAAUUCGUUUUGGGUGUCAGAUUGCCGCCGCCGCCGCCGCCGUGGGCGAUGGCGCUUUUUUCCGCACGAAUAUAGUUUGAAGCGGCCGCUCGCGCUCCCCCGCCGUCUGGCCCUGUCCUCGGUCGGUCGGUCCGUGGCAAAGUCUAAUUACGUAACAAACCCUAAGCAUGUCAGGAUUUUUCAAGACUUUGGAAACAUUCGUAAAUCGGAAUUUGGGCAUAUACGAAAGUCUAACGUGCAUGGUACAUGCUACAUUGCUACAGUACGAGUACAUAUACGGUAUACGCGUACUUGCCCCUGCUCCAGUAUAAGAAGACAUACUCAACACUCGUAAAAGUUGUAGUUUAUUGGGUUUUUUUCCCCCCGCUCUUUCUACACUACCUAAAAAGAAAGUGUAAAAGGAGUAACAACUGAUAACGAAAAAAAAACAAAACAAAAAAAAACAGAUAGGUACCUACCUAUACGCGCAGCGAAAAAAAAACUUAUUCGUAUGGAAUGUACCAGUAGGUGCCUAUACAGUAUACAUACUACAUAUCCAAAAAUUAUUGGAUGCGAAUUAUAACUACGUACUCGUAACUUUCACAUACCUAUUACGAUUACCUACUAACACGAACACCGAUACAAUGUACAAUGUAUCCACUAUCUACAACUACAUUAGGCUGUGUAGUUGAUGUAGGCAUAGAUAACCUACCUAGGCGGUACAUUUAUGCAGAUUGCAGAUGUACUCGUACUCGUAGGUACUCUCGUACGUAUCGUAUAAUAAUAGGCGGCUAAUUGGAGUGUUGUCAUUCGUUUCGUCGUCUGUCGCCCGAGCCCGAGCCCGAGCCCGAGCCCGAGCCCGAGCACGAGCACGAGGUCACCUGAUGAGUCAUGCUUAUGCUUUACUACUCUGCACUUUGCUGCUGUACCAGAGGAAAUACAUUAGCCGGCGUAUUGGCCACGGCGGCGGCGGCGGCGGCUGCGGCGACGACUACGUAGGUACGUUAGGUAGAGGUACAUCUACGUGUAUGUAUUAUUAGCAACUCGAGGAGUUGUAAGUAGCCGCCUUCGUUAGCUGCUAUAGGACACCUACGAGUAUGUAUGUAGAUGUACAUACGAGUGCGAGCGCGAGUGCGAGUGCGAGUACGAGUAAAGUAAAUGUAUCUAAGUAUGUAUGUACUAUGUUCAUAUGUGGGUGUGAGGGUAUGCUGCUCGAGUGCUGCUUUAUAACCCAUAACCCAUUACCCAUUACCCGUAGCCUAUAGCCUAUAGCCUAUAGCCCAUAGUCGUGUAGUUAUUGCACCCGUACGAAUACGCGUACAUCAGUGAUGGAAUAUUCAAAUUGGCCAAUUUACUGCAGGAAGUAUCCGUCUAUUGAUCUAUUGUUCUUUGUAUUGCCAACGAUUACGAUUACGAUUACGAUUUCGAUUACCCUUACCUACCCAUAAAUUGCAAGAUAUAGGCUAGCGUACAUUACUCGUAGUUCUCGUACCCGUGCGGCUGCGACCAUUGGUUCAUGCUACGACUGCGACUGCGACUGCGAGCGGUUUCAGUUUCGAUAAUUUUGCUUUUCGUUUUUCGCUUUUUCGCUUUUUCGCUUCGUUGAAAAGGCUAUCGCAAAGUCGCGCGCGCGUUUGUUCGGCGUUCUGUCGCAGUGUUGUCUGGCUUGGCUAUCCUGCAUCCGCGCACAUUCGCAAAUCACCAUCGACCAUCGACCAUCGACCAUCGACCAUCGCCAUUCCUACUCCAGCCUUUCGCGUACAAAUAACAAACAAGGAGGAUAGCUGAUUAUGUUGAGACUGAAUCAAGACUCGCAGUUGGUCAAGGACGAGAGCGGAUCUAUCGAUCAGAACAGAAACAUGAUGGAUAACGACGACACGUCGUCCGAUCUGUCCGAUUCCGAGCAUUUUCUUACAAAAGGAGCGUUCUUGUUGACGCCAGCCAACGAAAUGCAAAUGGAGAGGGUCGGUAUGAUAUGCGAGAAGAUGAAUUACAAGGGCCCGUUUUCGUUGACCAAAACCGCCACCGGAAUAUUAUUCAAAUUUGCCGACUUGGACGAUUAUCAGCUGACCUUCAAGAAAGGUUUCCACAAAGUGACCGGAUCGCGUUUCUACAAAAAGAUCCCAGUACCCUGUCGGCCUCAAAAAACGUUUACAAUAUUUGUAUUCGAAAUACCAGAAGAGAUUCCCGAAGAUGACAUUCGUCAUUCGCUGUAUAAAUUUCGCAGCAUAGUUGAAGUUUACCGACUACCUUCUCCGUCAACGCAAACGGUCGCCUCUGCCUCUUCGGGCGCAUCAAAAAGUGCGAAUGAUAAAAACGCCGGCGCAGUUUCCUCUACAGAAAUGGGCUGUGUAACAAAUGCAUCGAGCGCGGCGGCAGCUGCAACUGGUUGCUUUGGCUUCGGUUUACCGUUGUCUACGUCGUCGUCAUCGUCAUCGUCGCCGUCUGUCAUUCGAAUCACAUUGGCCAGCUUGGACGAAUGCAACAUUUUACUUCGCGAUGGUCUGGACUUUUACGGAGCGACGUAUUUUCCUACAGAACCAGCUAUGUCUACGAGCAUUGUUAGAGCUGGAGCCAAGAAAACAGCUAUGCACAACAGUCGUCUUUUGGAUUUAAUUGCCAGCAGCGGACUACGCAUUCGCGAUGUAUUGCCAGUUUUUGACGCGGCAGGCUUUUCUAGGAUUCCAGCACCUGUAACUAAAAGCGUUGGUGGCCGGUUAUAACAUACCUGCUGCCUGCUAUCUCACAAUCUGCCACACAAGUCCCGAAAGUGAACCUACAAUCUGUACAACAUCAGCCCAAGUGCUCGAGUGCUUAAAAAUGUAGGCAUAUUGCACUUGUAGCCUACAAGUACAAGUUUACUGUUUAGUAUACCUCUAAGUGCACCCAUCCUGUUGCUGUAGUGCCAAAUUGCCCAUAUCAGAUGUACAACGUGUAAGGUUAUUCAUAUUCAAUUCAUCUAACGAUAAACAAAAAGCUCUGCAAAAAUUCCUACCUAAACAGACUAAUAGACGUAUGUAGAUUGUAGGUAGGUAGUUUUAGGUAAGUGUAUUUACCUAGGUAGAGGUACCUAUGUGGUUAUAUAUUUUGUAAUUAUGUACACGUGUACCUACUACCAAGGUUAGUUCUUUGUGUGUAAGUUAUUAUUGUCUACGUAGAUUCUCAUUUCUCAUAAUCAUAACAUCUCUAACUUUGUGAGAACAGAUGGUGUACCUCUACCUACUUAGUGUGCAGUGCAUUAUUAUUCAGUUUCCUAGUGUCACUCGACGAA